AUGUCUUCUGAUUUUUCCAGACCGGACAAUCCGGCCCUCGUUGCCAACCCUGAAGGCUCAUACAGGGAGAAUAACGACAGGGAGCACCUUUCUCACAGAGAAUACAGAGAUGACCACAGAGAUGGAAGAAGAGAUUAUCACAGGCAUAGUAGGCGUCGUUCCUAUCCCAGAAGUCAUGGUUACAGAGGGGACUAUGAAAGGUACAGACAUAAAAGAAGUAGAAGCCGUAGCAGGGACAGAUAUAGAAGUAGAAGUAGAGAUAGAUAUAGGGACAGAGACGAUAGAUACGAUGACUAUAAUAGAGACGGUGAUAAAACGGAAAAGGGUGAAGAAGAGAAUCUUCUUUUAAACAGGGAUAUAUCUGAGAGUCACGCUAGAUCGAGGGCCGCUGAGAGAAGGCGUAGAAAGGCUCAGGCUGAAUGUAUCAGGAGAGCCGGCGGAUUUCAGAAGUUGGCUGAUCAAGAAGGCCACCAAACUGUUCGUCUGUUUUGGGACGGUUUUCAGUGGGUUGCAAAGACUGAACAAACAACUAUAUUAGGUGGUGAUCCUGCACUAAUGAACUCUACCAGGAAACUUAGAAGACUUUACUUUGGAAAUCUUCCAGUCCAUACAGGAUUAACUGAAACUGGUUUUCAGAACUUGAUUUGGAACGAAAUGAGAAAUCGCAACUUUUGUAACGAUCCAAAUGUUUCACCAGUGUUGUACGUAUGGUUUGCCAAGGAUAAAGGCAACUAUGGAUUUGUAGAAUUUGCAAGUGUUGAGGAAACUGAAAGGGCUUUAACCAUGGAUGGAAUGACUUGUAUGGGUGUUCAAUUACGUGUUUCCCGUCCCAACGAUUAUUCAUCAACUUCCAUGAAGACAGCUACACAACAACAAAUUGUAGUUCCCCAACUUUCAACCUCCUCAACCACCCUUCCUGCAAAUUUCAGUGGUCGUUAUUUGCACCUUGUUCAAAUUGUUCUUCCUGAAACCGUUGAGGCUGAAGUUGAGUAUCUGGAUGUACUGGAUGAUGUAAAAGAGGAAUUUGGAAAACACGGGAAAAUUAAGAGUGCAUUAAUAAUCGCCCCAAGACACAAGGAAAUGGCUAAGGAUUUUCAAGCUGGAGAUAUGAUGAUCGAAUUUGAAGAUGAAGAUUCAUUACUCUCCUGUGUACAAAAUAUGUCAAACAGAAAGUAUGAAAAUAGAUUAAUACAAAUGAAACCACUCGAAGAAGAUGUUUACUCUCAACUUUCUGAGGUUAUUAUACCUGACCUCGAACAAAUGGACAAGAGCAGUUAA